CUUAUCACUAGUUAUCAACCAUAUAACAUCAGUGAGCAGCUGGUCAGAAUGAAACACAUUCUUUUGUUGAGUUUGUUUGUGGCAGUUGUGCAUGGGUUAAAAGUGAGUGUAAGCAGCUCUGAAUGUGGCAGCGUAUACUCAUUCAACUGGUUGAAUGAUGACAUAACCCUAAAAUAUGAUGGACGUCAGUUACCACAAGGGUGUUCUAUAGCCGUUUCAACUUCUCAGAUUGGCGAAAAUCUGUGCUUUGAUCAGAAGUUCGAAAAUACGUUACUAACAACAAUGUCUUACAAAGUAGAGUACCAUAAAGGGCUUGUAUCGAAUUUUGCAGAUAAGACAAUAGACAGUAUUUGGGACACAAGUGAAUGGUGCGCAUUGUCAUCAAUAGUAUUUGUGGUGUUUGUGUCUGGAAGAGGAUCAUCUAUUCAACCAAAAAUUGAGAUAAAGAUUAAAAUCAAAGACAGCGUUUUGUCAAAUAAUGUAUUUGAGGCAGCUAAAACGAUUGGCGUCGCUGUCAUUGGCAUUAUUGUGGGUGUUGUGGUGUUGGUAAUUGUGGCCUGUGUUGUUGUCGUCUGUUGCUGUCUCAAACGCCAGCGGAACAGGCGGGGCCAAGUCGUUCGUCAGCCACAGACCACAAUGGCCGCAACGGCAGUAUACACAACAGGUCAGCCCUAUAACCAGGGUGGGUACCAGAUGCUGCCCAGCAAUGCUCCACCUCCAGCUGGGUACCAAGGCUAUCCUCCACCUUCACAGGCUGGGUACCAACCACCACAAGGCUAUCCACAAGCCCCAUCAGCUGGGUACCAGCCUGGUCCGACUGGUUACCCACCUGGUCCGACUGGUUACCCACCUGCUGGGUACCAACAACAGUCUGGUUACCCUCCAACUUCACAACAGUCUGGUUAUCCACAGACUACACAGGCAGGGUACCCACCAGGUCCGACUGGUUACCCACAGGAACCACAGAAAGGUUAUGAGGGGAACCAACAAUCUGCUACACCAUCAGCGCCGCCACCACCCUAUACUUCUUAAGCGUACACGGGAGCAUGAAGCCCACAAUCGGACAGGAAACGACAUGUUUUGUCUUGGAUUAAAGGACACUUUUAAUAAUAACAUGUUUUAAGUAGUACACAGUUUUUUACCUUAUCUUGAUUGAUGUAACAAAUUUAAUUGUGUUUUAUGUUUCAGUUUAAGUUUAAUUUUACAAGUUGAUCGUGCAAAGAAGCCAUGUUUGUUACUGAGAACUUUUUGUUACAUUUAGUUUUGAAAAGCGUUAUUGUUCAAAGCCAAAGACAAAAACUGUCACUGAAAAAGACGUGGAAAUAACCACAAGUUAACUUGUUCCUAUAAUAACAUCCUUAUCACACAUUAUUAAAAAGUUCCCAUUGGGUAUGUUUUUUGGUCAUUAUAAUUGUUAAUAUAUUUGCAUUUUCAUUAUAAUCAUGAUUCAAUCAUAUAAUUUCAUCUUUUACAUUAAAGAAAGAUGACAUUUAAAGGGUAAAAAGCACACCAGCUUUUGUUUGUAUAAUACCUUUUUUUUUUUAAUAACAGAUCAACUGUAUGUUUUAUUUGUAAAAUAUAGAAGUCUUGAAAGCUAAAAAAUGUUGUAAAGCCAUUGUUUAAUUUUAAAAUAAUGUUCAUGUAUUUUAAUAUCAAUAUUAUUGCAUGCAGUUCUCUCAAUAAUACUCAUGUAAUUUGUGUGUGGAAUAUUUGAUAGUUGCUUCUUCAUGGUUUUAUUAUUCUUUUUAUGCCCCCGGAUCGAAUGAUCGGGGGUAUAUUGUUUUUGACCUGUCUGUCUGUCAUUCUGUGGAAAACUUUAACCUUGGUUAAAGUUUUGAAAUAUUGAAUAAUUUUUGCAAUAUUGAAGAUAGCAACUUGAUAUUUGGCAUGCAUGUGUAUCUCAUGGAGCUGCACAUUUUGAAUGGUGAAAGGUCAAGGUCCACUUUCAAGGUCAAAGGUCAAAUAUAUGGCUUCAAAGGGGCGUCAAAACUUUAAUCUUGGUCAUAACUUUUGCAAUAUUGAGAUAGCAACUUAAUAUUUGGCAUGCAUGUGUAUCUCAUGGAGCUGCACAUUUUGAGUGGUGAAAAGUCAACGUCAUCCUUCAAGGUCACAAGUCAAAUUUAUGGCCUCAAAGCGGCGCAAUAGGGGGCAUUGUGUUUCUGACAAACACAUCUCUUGUUUUCAAUAUCCUUACUAAGUUGGAAGGGGGAAGGUAUACAGGACACAACAUAACGAUUUGUCGUUAUGUUGGUCUGUAAGCAAUACUUGUUCUUUUAGCUUUUCUUCAACUUAAGUUGGAUUUUUAUGAAAACUUAUCUCGCUUUAUAUUUAUAAGGAGAAAUAGUCAUUUUUCUAAAAUAAUUUAAAUGACAAACUCACUAUAUAUAUGAUAAAAGUUGCCAGUUGAACUUCUGAAUUUUGUUAAAUAAACAUGGAAAACAUGUUUGUAAUAGGGAGUGCUGAUGUUUAAGAUUUUCAGCCUCAUUUAGUAAAUGUAUGUUUGUAAUGAAAAGUUUGAUAGUCUUCUCAGAAACUGCAAGGUUCAGAAGUUUGUUGUUAAAUUUGUAACAUCAUAUGGUGGUUCUAAACCAAGUUUGUUAAAAUAACACAUCUGGCUCUGCACUGAGGGUUACUAGUUUCUCUUAUAUGUAAAUAGUGAAAAUCUCAGAGACUACAAGGCAAGGUUUGGUAUUUCGCAUGUAACAGUGCAUGGUGGUUAUCUAAUAAAUUUUAAUUUUUCAAUCAUGACUCUUGGGUAGAAAUUCAUUCCACCCUAGGGGUUACCUUUUUAAUAUCAUGUCUCUGCCCAGUUUGAAAAUGGUAUCAGUCUAUUGAAAACAUUUCCAAACGGGUUGCAAGUGUACUCGUAUGACAAUCACAAGAGUAAAACAUUGUGAGCACUCUAGAAUGAAUAUAUAUUGUCUAAUCUUUUUGAAACAUUUUGAACAUGGUUUUGAUAGCAUCACAAAGUUUCUUAGAACAGUUAAGUUCCCCAAAGUUUCAGGUGAAGAACUUGGACCUUUUGCGCUCUUGCUGUUUAAAAAGGGCAGGGAGCAUUUACAUAUUAAUUCUAAUACUGGAUUUAUUGUUUUUGUAUUUUAUUUAUUUAUACUUUUUUACAAGCCUUCCUUAAAAAAUCACUUUAAUAACCAGUUUAUAUUUCAAAUAACGAUAUAUUUAUUUUGUGCAUUAUUAUUAUUGCUGUUGUUACUUUUUAUGAUAAUAAGUGUGCAUAUUUUUUUGCUUUUCAUUUAUUGCUGGCAUUAAUUACAUGUUGUGAUAAUGGUAGUGGGUAAAAAUUGAAAGUGUACAUUUGUUGCAAAGAUUCAGAGUUUUGUAAUGGUGAAGAGAAUCUCUGGCAUUAUAAGGAUAAAUAUUUCAUAUUUUAUAUUCCAGCACAUUUUUUUCCUUUAAUUUUUAUUAUUUAUUUUGUCAGUAUUGCAUAAGAUUGAUAAUAAUAAUCAUAAAAUGCAGUUCAUUUCUUGUAAAGUGAGAAAAUUAUGUGUAGUUUCAUAUCAUUAUGUAAUGUAGUUUUUGUCUUUUAUAAUUCGUAUACAGGACUGUUUAUGCAUGUUGUUAUUUUACUACACUGUAUGCUCAUGAUAGAUGUAAUCAUUUAGAGGUUCGUUGCAAAUGUUGUAAAUGCUCAGAAGUUAAUUUGGGACAAAAUAUUGAAUCUCUGACAAAAAAUGAUUCCACUUUUAAGGACUGAAAAUCUAAGAAAUAUGCAAACAUAGUUCUUGUUUGCACUGUUUAUAAUGUAAAUGCAGUUUCUAAAAACUUAGAACCGCUGCUCAGAAAAAAUAUUUUUAGGGAUUUGAAAACGAUAUCAGUUCAGAAGCAAGUAAAAUAAAACUUUUUUAUGUCCCCCACUACAGUAGUGGGGGACAUAUUGUUUUUGCCCUGUCUGUUGGUCUGUUGGUCUGUUUGCGCCAACUUUAACAUUUUGCAAUUACUUUUUGCUAUAUUGAAGAUAGCAACUUCAUAUUUGGCAUGCAUGUGUAUCUCAUGAAGCUGCACAUUUUGAGUGGUGAAAGGUCAAGGUCAUCCUUCAAGGUCAGAGGUCAAAUAUAUGUGUCCAAAAUCGCUCAUUUUAUGAAUACUCUUGCAAUAUUAAAGAUAGCAACUUGAUAUUUGGCAUGCAUGUGUAUUUUAUGGAGCUGCACAUUUUGAGUGGUGAAAGGUCAAGGUCAAGGUCAUCCUUCAAGGUCAGAGGUCAAAUAUAUGUGGCCCAAAUCGCUUAUUUUAUAAAUACUUUUGCAAUAUUGAAGAUAGCAACUUGAUAUUUGGCCUGCAUGUGCAUCUCAUGGAGCUGCACAUUUUGAGUGGUAAAAGGUCAAGGUCAAGGUCAUCCUUCAAGGUUAGAGGUCAAAUAUAUGUGGCCCAAAUCGCUUAUUUUAUGAAUACUUUUGCAAUAUUGAAGAUAGCAACUUGAUAUUUGACAUGCAUGUGUAUCUCAUGGAGCUGCACAUUUUGAGUGGUGAAAGGUCAAGGUCAUCCUUCACAAGGUCAAGGUCAUCCUUCAAGGUCAAACGUCAUAUAGGGGGACAUUGUGUUUCACAAACACAUCUUGUUUGGUAAUAAAAUUAUUAUUAUGUCCCCAUUUGGAAGAAAAGGGGGUAUAUAGUUUUUGCACUGUCUGUCGGUCGGUCGGUCACACUUCGUGUCCGCUCUCUAAUUCAAAUAGUUUUAAUCCGAUCUUUACCAAACUUGGUCAGAAGUUGUAUCCAGACAAUAUCUAGGUCAAGUUCGAAUAUGGGUCAUGCCGGGUCAAAAACUAGGACACGGGGUCACUUAGUGCAUUUCAAGGAUUUAGCAUGGUGUCCGCUCUUUAAUUCAAGUAGUUUUCAUCUGAUCUUUACUAAACUUGGUCAGAAGUUGUAUCAAGACAAUAUCUAGGUCAAGUUAGAAUAUGGGUCAUGUCGGGUCAAAAACUAGGUCACUGGGUCACUUAGUGCAUUUCAAGGAUUUAGCAUGGUGUCCGCUCUCUAAUUCAAGUAGUUUUCAUCUGAUCUUUACUAAACUUGUUCAGAAGUUGUAUUAAGACAAUAUCUAGGUCAAGUUCGAAUAUGGGUCAUGCCGGGUCAAAAACUAGGUCACGGGUUCACUUAGUGCAUUUCAAGGAUAAAGCAUGUUGUCGGCUCUCUAGUUUAUGUGGCUUUCUGAUUUAUUUUGAUAUUCUAAGACAUUUUUAUGCCCCUGAAGAAGGGCAUAUAGUGAUCGGACUGUCCGUUCGUCUGUCCGUCCGUCUGUCCGUCACACUUUGCGUUUAGAUUUCGAAAAAUGCUCAUAACUUCUAUGUUGCUUCAGAUAGCAAUUUCAUAUUUGGCAUGCAUGUGUUUAUGGACAAGGCCUUUCCAUACGCACACAAAUUUUGACCCCUGUGACCUUCAACUUUAAAUUAGGGUCCGCGUUUAGGUUCUAAAUCUGCGUUUAGGAUUUGAAAAAAGCUAAUAACUUCUACCAAGCAUUUACACAGUUAUACUUUUAUGUAGUGACAAAGUUACAGUUGAGGGCAUCCGUGUCCUGUGGACACAUUUCUUGUUAUUUAUGUUAUACCAAAGUGCUCUGUGCUAAUGGAGUAUGUAUUAUCAAUGCUAUUUACAAACGGAGAGGACGUGUAUUUAUUGGAAUUACUCUUAAGAAAUCAUCAUAUAUCAUGUUAACAUUAACUAUACAAGAAAUUAUAACUCCCAAAUAGUUUUUAUUUUUACUAAACAUUAUUUUUCUGAUUUCAAACCCUAUUUUUGGUCGGUAAGAUUUCCAUUAGAAAUAUAUGCACUGUAAAAUUCGUUUACAUUUUGGAUAGAGGCUUUAUGCAAUGAUUUCAAUAUUAAGAAGGGCUAACAAUGGCUAGUAAAGUAUUUUUCUAAAAAGUUGAUCAAAUUAUACAGAUUGUUUUGUAGCAUUUCCAUAAAAAAUAUCCUUUAAGACUUAAACAUUUCAUUAAAACUUCCAAUUCAAGCUUUAAAAAUCACAAUAUCCACAUACGUUUUUCCAGUAGCUAGAAAAAAACUGAGCCAUUAAGUUUUAGUACUGCUCUAUUGUCAGCCUUCACCAAUGGGUCGGGUAAAAAAAAUACAUUUGGCUAACCAAAUUCAGUCUGUGUAAAUGAUCGUUCUUGUUGAGUAAUAGAAAUAAGGUUAAAGGUCACAGGCUUAAGAUGAAUGACUGAGAUGAACAGGGUCCUCUGAUGGCUUUAUUGUCCCCUACAAGUUUCACCGGAGGGGACUUAUGGUUUGAUCUCUGUCAGUCAGUCUGUCUGUCAGUCUGUCUGUCUGUCACACUUUUUUGGAUCCUGUGAUAGUAUUAAAAGUUCUUAAUAUUUUUUCAUAAAACUUUAAACAUGGAUAGAUGGCAAUUAGGACAUUAUGCACGUCAUUUAAUUUUGUUCCUACGAAAAAAAUUCUGGUUGCUAUGGCAACAAAUAGACUAGAAAUACUGUUUAAAUGGUGGUUUUCUGGAUCCUGCGAUAACUUUAAAAGUUCUUCAUAUUUUUUUCAUGAAACUUGAAAAAUGGAUAGAUGGCAAUAUGGAGAUUAUGCAUGUCAUUUCAUUUUGUUCCUUCGUCAAAAAUUCUGGUUGCUAUGGCAACUAAUAAAAAAAUAAUCUGACAAUGGUGGUAUUUCUGACAAUGGUGGAGCCGGUAGGGGACCAUAUUGCUUGGCAAUCUCUUGUUUUAACUGAAGGACAUUGUAACAACAGUGGUUGUUGUAAUUUUGUUUAACAAGAAUUUAUGUACUAUUUGGGAUUGUGAAUCUUUCUUAACUGGAACUAUGCUAGUUUUUAUCAUGUUAUACGUUUUUAUCACCUUAAAAUGAUUCAAACAUGAUUUGAUUACGUCAGCAGUUUCUAUUAAAGUAUUUUAAGCUUUAACCUCGAAUCGGGUUGGGCUUUCUAGUCGUUUUGGCGUAUAUAUUUGCGCGCCAUUUGUUACGAUUUAUAUUUUUGUAAUUUGCACAAAACGAUUUCAGUUUAGUUUAAAUAUGUUGUAAUCACGUUUAUGCUGCGUCUAACUGCUUACUUGCUUGGCUAUCCAUUGCAUACUAUUUUAGUUUGUAUUAUAUAAGCAAACACGGAAUAAAGUUCGUUAUGUA